AUGAGACAGCACAGACCGCUACAGUUCACCGUGGAUCAGGCUGCUGUUAACGGCGAGGAAGCGAGGUUGGAGACAGAACACAAGGUUUCUGGUCUCAUCCGCCUCAGUCCAGAUUCCCGACAAAGCCCUCUUUCCUGGUUGGCUGAGGAAGACCGGAUCUACCCAAGCGAUCCGGACUUCCUGUGUUACAACACCAGAGGCGUCGAAGCUACGGCCCGAGUUGUAAGUGACGGCCCUUUUUUUUCUUUUGUUUUCACAUCAACCACAUUCCUUUCUUCUUCUCCUCCUCUUUAGUUGGUAUACGAGUUCUUCAUCCGGUUCUUGGAGAGUCAGGAAUUCCAGCCCAGCAUUGCCAAAAAGUACAUAGACCAGAAGUUUGUCCUACAGCUCUUGGAGUUGUUUGACAGCGAGGAUCCUCGGGAGAGAGACUACCUGAAGACAGUCUUGCAUAGAAUCUACGGCAAAUUCCUGGGUCUGAGGGCUUUUAUACGAAAACAGAUCAAUAAUAUUUUUCUACGUUUUGUUUAUGAGACGGAGCACUUCAAUGGGGUGGCUGAGUUGCUGGAGAUCCUGGGGAGUAUAAUCAAUGGUUUCGCUCUGCCACUGAAAGCGGAGCAUAAACAGUUUCUGGUCAAAGUGUUGAUCCCCCUCCACACCGUCAGGAGUCUGUCCCUUUUCCACGCACAGUUGGCGUAUUGCAUUGUACAGUUCCUAGAGAAAGACCCAACAUUAACAGAACCAGUCAUCAGAGGCUUACUGAAGUUCUGGCCAAAAACCUGCAGUCAAAAAGAGGUGAUGUUUCUAGGAGAGCUGGAGGAGAUCCUGGACGUCAUCGAGCCCACACAGUUUGUGAAGAUCCAGGAGCCGCUCUUCAAACAGAUCUCCAGAUGUGUGUCCAGCCCACACUUCCAGGUUGCGGAGCGAGCUCUGUACUACUGGAACAACGAGUACAUCAUGAGUCUGAUCGAGGAGAACUCCAGCGUCAUCCUGCCCAUCAUGUUCGCCAGCCUCUACAGGAUCUCCAAAGAGCACUGGAACCCGUGAGUAACGCUUGAAAGGA